AUGGUAACCAAGAAAUUGAUGAACAUAUUUCAUCACAAUAAAAAAAAUCCAUCCGUCUCACCAAACGAAAAGGAAUGGACACCAUCUUUUGCCGCUUUGGAUCUCUCCCAUCCCGCACAUUCCCACUACUCCCAUUCGAAAUAUACUCGACCGAGACGGUCGAGCAAGGAACCUCAAAAGCCGGUACCCGUGGUCCGAACAAACUCGGUUCAAAGAAGACAUUCCUACUCUAAUGUCCACGAGAAUGGGCAACAACGUCUAGCAGCGUUGAAACAGGCGGAAUAUCGAGAGAAGAUGGAGGCCUUUGAAGAUUUGAUACAGAAGCGGCGAGGUAGCACCUUGCGAGUUCUGGCAGCGCCGGAUGCCUCUGGGUGCUAG